CAAAAGAAGCCGAUAACGGAGACUCUCCUCACGGUCACAUCUAUGCUACUCCUCCAUGUGACUUCCUGAAAACGCCCAUCCCAAUUCCCUCUCUCUCUCUCUCCCCUUCUUCCUCUGUUCUUCAAAGAAAGAAUCACACUAAUAGAUGAAAAAGAAAUUCAAGAAAGAAAGAGGACUGAACAUCCAAAUCCCAACCGAACCAACCAAGAAAAUCGACUUCAUUUCUUAAAGAAACGAUGGAAAAACGAACUACCAACUACCCAUCUCUUUAAUCUUUGUGUCUUCGCCUUCACUUUUUCUCCAACCUAAAACGAAAGCCCCAUCUCAACUACUGAACCUCUCUCCAAGCUCUCUUAUUUGGUUAUUCUUCAAAUCCCCGGUGGCAUGGUGGAACUGCAGAGAACCACCAAGAGCAGGGGGUUCUAUGUCAGGAUGAAGCUCUUGCACAACAGACAUGGAAGACAAGAGAAGAGCUCCUGCUACAGAUAUUUCAGAUGGGUUGUCUGGGUUUCUUUAUCCCUCUAUUUCUUCAGCUAUUACCUCAUUAGUAGCUCCAGCAAACCCACCUUGCUCCCUAAAACCACCGUCUCAGUUUCAAAGACCAGCUUUGUCUCUCGAGCCUUGUUCGAGUCCAAUACAACUCUUUCACAACAACUCAGUAGAACCAAACAAAUACACUUGUCUGAGUUGUCUCGAGGGUCGUUCGACAAUUUGAAGGUUUAUAUCUACGAUCUCCCUUUGAGGUACAACGCAGACUGGUUAGCAAACGAGCGAUGCAGCAACCAUCUCUUUGCAGCCGAAGUAGCCAUACACAAGGCAUUAAUGGAUAGUGACGUCCGGACGCUAAACCCAUGGGAAGCCGAUUUCUUCUUUGUUCCCGUUUACGUGUCCUGUAACUUCAGCACCGUUAAUGGCUUCCCGUCGCUCGGUCACGCGCGGCCUCUUCUAGCGUCAGCUGUGCAGCUCAUCUCUUUGGAAAUGCCGUUCUGGAACCGAAGCGGCGGGUCCGAUCACGUCUUUGUCGCUUCCCACGAUUACGGAGCUUGUUUUCACGCUAUGGAGGAAGUAGCUAUCGCAGACGGGAUUCCUCCGUUCUUGAAGAAAUCGAUCAUACUGCAAACAUUUGGUGUCAGUUUCCGGCAUCCCUGUCAAGACGUCGAAAAUGUGUUGAUACCGCCCUACGUUUCGCCGGAGAGUAUACGGUCGACGCUGGAAACGGCGCCGGAGAACGGCAAAAGGGACAUAUGGGCAUUUUUCAGAGGCAAGAUGGAAGUUCAUCCCAAGAACAUCAGCGGACGGUUUUACAGCAAGCGAGUACGGACGGUGAUUUGGGAGAAAUACAACCGGCACCGGAAGUUUUACUUGAAGCGGCAUAGGUUUGUCGGUUAUCAGUCAGAGAUUGUACGGUCGGUCUUCUGCCUCUGCCCACUUGGCUGGGCCCCGUGGAGCCCUCGACUUGUCGAAUCGGUCGCCCUCGGCUGUGUUCCGAUCAUCAUUGCGGACGGCAUUCGGUUGCCAUUCUCGGAUGCCGUCCGGUGGCCGGAGAUAUCGCUCACCGUUGCGCAAAGGGACGUCGGGAGCCUCGACAAAAUACUCGACCACGUUGCUUCAACUAACCUGUCGACCAUCCAAAGGAACUUGUGGGACCCAGCCAAUAGGCGGGCCCUACUGUUCAACGAUCAAGUCCAAGAAGGAGAUGCCACCUGGCAAGUGCUACAAGAACUGUCAAAGAAGCUUCAGAGGUCGUACCGGAGACGGGCCACUUCGUAGCGAGUGAAAGCGGGAUACGUGGCGCUUUUCCCAACGUGGGUGCUGAUGCAGGCAAAAUAAUGGAGGACAGCUGUGUUUCUGUUGGACUGCUUCGAAUUCACGGGAGCCCUGGUGGGGACACGUGUAUGUACAUUGGAGAUGGGGACAUCUGGUUGGCUGGAUGAUCCGUAGUGCGGGAACUACGAUGAGACCGGAUCUACGAUGGUCUCAGCGCUACAGGAUAAAAUAAAAAAAAAGGCUUUGACAAAGAGAAGAGGAAUAAAAUAAUGGAAUUGAUCAUGUAUGUGGAGAAAGAGAGAGAGAGAGAGAGAGAGGAAAUAUUGUUUAUUAUUUAUUAUUUAUUUUUGAAAAGAAUAAAAAAACGGAAAUGGAUAAAUUUACAGCUGGGCUAGGAGAGAAUCUUUAAUGGCAAAAGGGAAGUGGGCUGGUUGCCAGCUGAA